CCGGGAUAGCAUUUAAAUUCAGAAGGGCACAGCUGUCCAGCAGCAGAAGAGGAAAAAGAAGAAACUGUGUCCAGUACCAGAGCAGAUCUUGAACACUGACCUUCUUUCUAACUGCAGCUUUCUGGCUGAGUUGGACGCCAAGAAAGAUACCAAUAUGAGAACUGCAGUGAUUUGCCUUUGCCUCAUCAGCAUUGCUUGUGCAUUGCCGGUUAAACGAUCGGGUCGUGAAGCCAAUUCUGGGAGCUCUGAGGAAAAACAGCUUUACAGCAAACAUCCAAACCAACUUUCCUCAUGGCUGAACACAGAUCCAUCCCAGAAACAGGCCCUGCUAGCGCCUCAGAAUUUGGUGUCCUCUGAGGAAAGCAAAGAAAACAUUCAACAACAGACCCUCCCUAGUAUCUCAAAUGAAAGCCAUGAUGACGUCGAUGAUGCAGAUGAUAAGUAUGACAGCGACCACAAGGACGAGUCUGACGACUCAGAUGAAUCAGAUGAGGUCGCCACUGAUUUUCCCCCUGAUGUCCCAGCAACUGCAGUUUUUACCCCCGCUGCCCCAACCUGGGGUGAUAAUGGUGGCAGAGGUGACAGGGUGUACCGUGGAUUGAAGACAAAAUCUGGGGUGCUCUAUAAGGCUGCAGUGCAGGGACGCUACGCUUCCGAUGACGAUUUCACCUCUCACCCGGUAAGCCUGGAGUCGGAUGAAUCUCCGGAGGCGUUCCCCGAUGUCCACAAGCUGCAGAAAUCUUCCGAAUGGCAUAGUAAUGAGGCCAGCCACCAACACGAUCAGAGCAUGCAGAAAUCUUCUGAAUGGCACAGCAAUGAGGUCAGUCACCAAGACGAUCGGAGCGUGGAAACACACAGUCAUGAGGAAGCCAAAGGUUAUCGGCUGAAGCAGGAAGAUCACAGCAGCCAUCAGGGUGAUCUGAAUGACAGCCAGGAGAGUUAUAAAGUCAGCAGAGAAAACGACAGCCAAGAGAAAACAGCCCAAGAUGCUGACAGUGAUGAGUUCAACAGGAAGCACUAUCUGAAGAGCCAUACCUCCCAUGAAUUUGAUAGUGCUUCAUCUGAGAACCAUUAAAAGAGCCCCCCUUCCCCUGCACCCCACCACCCCAGGCAAGAAAAUGUAACCCUACUGUGUAUAAAAAAAGGUUUUGCAGCAGAGAUGGGUGGGAGGGGUACAGGAAGUGCUUAUUUCUAAACUUGUAUGUGAAGGAGAGUGUUUUGGUGUGUGCAUACCUACAGUGUCCAGUUUUGACCUAAAGCUAUAGCUGUGGUUAGUGGAAGCUUGAGUAAUCAUGUAAACUAAAGUCGCAGUAUAAAGUCUAGCGCCUUCCAUCUACAAAAUGUAAACUCUCCUACUGCAUAUUACUGAUUGUUAUUCCUUAUGAAGAAAAAUACUGCCUAGAAGCAAAACACAAUUUUACCCAAACCCACACACCAGAAAGAGCAUUACUUUUUAUGAUACUGUGCCUUGUUUUUUGUUUUAUAAAUCAUUGUAUAUUUUUGUUGUGAUUUUUUUGUGCGAGAAAUAAAACUUCAUAAAACCACAAA